AGCCAUGUGUCAUAUUUAACUUCAUGACAUCUCCCGCUCUCCCGCAAAACAACUGUCAAAAUGUUCCGCACGGGCAGCACCUUUCGCCAGUGCACAGUUUGAGUGCGUGCAUCGUUUUUCACGGACCGACCGACCCUUGCGCGUUGUGUGCCCUUGUUCUUGUCCUACUUGUCGCUCGCCAGCGCUAUCCAUCACGGCAUCGUUCGAGACGGAGGCAAGCGAAUCUUGCGUCGAGCUUUGCAUCACACCGUGCGUGUUGUUCUGCGGAUCGGCGUGUGUGUGCCUGUGUGCAUAUGCAAAACUGGCCACCCAAUUCGUACGGAGUGGUCCUACUGCUGCUGCUGCUCGGUACAGUGCAUAUGGGCGGAUGCCCGUGAAUGGGGUGAACUUCGCAAAACAUUAGCAGCAGCUGUCUUUGUGUGUGAGUGUGUGUGUCCGGUCAUCUCCCGCGCAACAGGAACGGGAACGGGAACGGCAGCCGACAGUUGCAUUCCAUCAAAUAGCGCAUCAUCAUCAUCAUUGUCGUGGUGGUUGCUUUGCGUUGGCGCAUUAUCAUCACCGCCACGGUAGCAGCCCAGUCGUCCUUGUGGAGUAAGCCCCCCCCCCCUGUACACAGGGAGCCUAGCAAGCACAUCGGCCAGCGUACCGAGCUACAACGGCUCGCAACCUAGCAAACCCCAGGUAGUGCUAAUAAUCCCUCCCAGCUCGGACCGUUUGUUGGAGCAGGUGAGAGACAUCGAAACGCGAGCGGUCUGCAGGAACGUCCCCUUCCCCGUGUGAAAAUGCAAAACAUCUUCUAGUGUCCAAAUUGCGCCCCAACGAGGUAGUGCGGCGGCGGCAGUAAGGCAAUCAGUUAGUGGAAAACAUCGAUGACAUAAAUCAUUUUCACCUGUUUCCGGCGUACGUUGCCGAUCAGUUGUUACUUGGAUUUAGAUUUGCGGGCAAGCGAAUGGGCAAACAAAUCCCUGCCCUGUGAAUGUGGUGCAAUUUGUGUGCUGUGUGCGUGUGCGAGUGUUUUUCUCCCUUGCUAGCGUGGCGGCCGCUAUCAAGGCGAGAUAUUUAGCAACAGAUAAGGAAGAAGAAGUGCUCCUGCUCCCUGGUUCUGUAACGCUGCUGUACCACCACCACCACCACCACGGUAGCAAAUUGGCAUUGAGCAUCGGGCAAACAAAGUAGGUCAUCGACCGGACCUGCUAGGCACAGUACGUUCCAUCCCGGAUCGCUUGGAGAGCGCAUGUAAUUAACCCUUCCUGCGGGUCCUCCUAGCAUCUGUCAGCGGGAGUAGUUGUUUCCCCUUUUCUGGUGCAACAGUUACACACAUCCAACCAGAACGCAAAGGUUUCAAAGGGAACCCAGCGGACAAGGACAUCUCGCUGCCCGCCUCUCAUACAGGACACUCACCACUAGCGAACACGUACACCGAGCGUACAAACAAACACGCCAACACCUUCCCGAUAUCGUUCAGUACACACACACACACACACGUCCCUGCAAACGCUUCAAAGCUGGAGGAUGCCGCUAGCCAACUCGAUCGACCCAUGGAGAGAGAAAGUCCCAAUCAGUAUCGUCGGUAUCGAGUCCGCAUCGCAGGACAAUGUAGAGAUGGUCAUCGACGAUAGCUAUGAUGUCCAGCAGCAGCAACAUCUUACCCAUGACCACCGCCAUGCUCAGCUUCAUCAGGAGCAGCCCGCACAGCAUCAAUACCUUCCCCAUCAACAUCAUCAUCAACAUCAACCCCACCCUCAACCGCACCAGUACAGCCGGCAGCACCCGGUGCCUCCCGCGGGAAUGGUUACCUAUGCUCCGGCGCAUACAGCCGCUGGCCAGCAAGAGCCGCUGCUCGAUGGAGCUGUUGUAGCUGAUAGUGGCACUUAUCGCUACCAUCGUGGCGAUUCGCCCGAACCCGGUUUGGUUGUUGGUGCCGAGGAAGCAAUGGAUCUGGAUGUAACCGGAGGUGGAGGUGGUGACCUGUCACAGCUGAGAGGCGACGCCACGUACCCCAACGCAGGGGCGGGAGGGAACGGUGGGGACGAGCAUGAGAUCGACAUUAAGGACAUUAUACGGGAGGGGCACGAAAAGGCCGAUCCGUCACAGUUCGAGCUGCUGAAGGUGCUCGGCGAAGGCUCGUUCGGCAAGGUGUUUCUGGUGCGGAAGAUUGUUGGCAUCGAUGCGGGGACGCUGUAUGCGAUGAAAGUACUAAAGAAGGCAACGCUGAAGGUGAAGGAUCGUGUGAGGAGUACGAACGAGCGGAACAUCCUGGCUGACGUGGGCCACGCAUUUAUCGUUAAGCUGCACUAUGCCUUCCAGACGCCCGGCAAGCUGUACCUUAUACUGGACUUCUUGCGUGGCGGUGACCUGUUUACGCGCUUGAGCAAGGAGGUGAUGUUUACCGAGGAAGACGUCAAGUUUUACCUGGCCGAGCUGGCCCUGGCGCUGAACCAUCUGCACAGCAUCGGCAUCAUCUAUCGCGAUCUAAAACCGGAAAACAUUCUUCUGGAUCAGGACGGCCAUAUAGCUUUAACGGAUUUUGGGCUCUCGAAGCAACCGCUGGAUGGAUCGAAAACGUACAGCUUCUGCGGCACGGUGGAAUACAUGGCGCCGGAAGUUGUCAACCGGAAGGGACACACUUUUGCAGCAGACUGGUGGUCCUUCGGCGUGCUAAUGUUUGAAAUGCUGACGGGCAAUCUACCAUUCCACGGUAGCAAUCGAAAUGACACAAUGAACCAGAUCCUCAAAACAAAGCUCGGCAUGCCGGAAAACUUAAGUCCCGAGGCGCAAAGUUUGCUGCGCGCCCUGUUCAAACGCAAUCCCCAGAAUCGACUCGGGGCGGGCCCGAACGGCAUUGAGGACAUCAAGCGGCACGAAUUUUUCGCCAACGUCGAUUGGGAUGCGUUCGAACGCAAGGAGGUUCGGCCACCGUUCAUUCCUGCCGUUUCGAGGGACGAUGCGUUCUACUUUGACUCGGAAUACACGAACAAAUCACCAAAAGACUCGCCCGGUGGCCCCGUCAGUGCGAGUGCUCAUGAGAUCUUCCGUGGCUUUAGCUUUAUCGCACCGGGCCUGCUGGACGAGCAGCCAAACUUUGCCAACGGAAGCAACAUGGUGAUGCAACAGCAGCCCGCAUCUCGGUCACCGUUCUCGAACGAAAUACCGGGCGUGAAGCCUGUCGCGUUCGGUGACGAGUACAACUUGAUGGAGGAACUUGGCCGCGGAACGUUCUCAAUCUGCCGGAUGUGUGAACAUCGCACAACGAAGAAGCAUUACGCGGUUAAGAUAAUUGACAAAUCUUAUCACGAUUGUCGCGAGGAGGUCGAGAUUUUGCUUCGGUACGGCAAUCAUCCCAACAUUGUGACGCUGUACGGUGUGCACGAGGAUGCGAGCUACGUGUACCUGGUGAUGGAGCUGCUGAAGGGUGGCGAACUGUUGGACCGCAUUCUGGCGAUCCAUUUUAUGGCCGAGCAGGAGGCCAGUGCCGUGUUGCGGACGGUCGUGUCGGCGGUCGCCUACCUGCACGAGCACGGUGUCGUGCACCGGGAUCUAAAGCCAUCGAAUUUGCUGUACGCCUCGGUCAACCAUACGCCCGAAUCGUUGAAGCUGUGCGAUCUCGGCUUUGCCAAGCAACUCCGAGCCGACAAUGGGCUGCUGAUGACCCCGUGCUACACGGCCAACUUCGUCGCACCGGAAGUGCUGAAGAAACAGGGCUACGAUCUGGCGUGCGAUAUCUGGUCGCUGGGCGUGCUGCUCUACAUUAUGCUCGAUGGAAAGACACCGUUUGCUAGCACUCCGAACGAUUCGCCAGAUAUGAUUCUAGCGCGAAUUGGUUCCGGCAAGGUCGAUUUAGAAACGGGCAAAUGGCCCACGAUAUCGGAUGAAGUGAAGGAUCUGCUGCGCCAGAUGCUACACAUCGUACCUUCGAGGCGUCCAACGGCCGCUCAAAUCCUGCGACAUCCGUGGCUAUCGCGAAGCGGUCCGCGACUAAUGUACAAUACGGUAGGGACCCAACAUGCUACCAGCGAACGGCCGAUGGUCGUGGAACCGCAGGACACAAAGCCGGCGUGCGUAAAUACCGAAGCCAUCAAGGGAGCGGUCCAUGCAACAUUCCGUGCGAUAUCAUCGCCCCAGGCUGCCAAUCUGGGACCGGUCGGAAUGUCUGAUCUGGCGCGAAGGCGAAUGGAUAAGAUGAAUCAUUCCUAAUAAGGGUUUCUCGAGGUACGCCGUGUGUUCGCAAAACGGCGGACUGUGCAACGCCGCCAUUGCCGAUGGGCGAGUGGAUGGUGUUUGAUUGUAGAGAGUUUGUCACUUAUUGGAUACGUUCUCGCGCUAUUCCUAUUUAGUUUUUAACCUGUUACGUUUUGUUUUGUUUCAAACGAUAAGAUUUUGAUAAUUUUAUUCGUCAACCAGUGCCAGAGUGACAUGUGUGCCAGAGAACAACAGUGCUAGCAAUUAGGGCCAGGUUGCAUGGUUGCAGCGUUCCAGUACGACACGGUUAUAGCAGACGAUAGAUGAGUGUAACUUAUACAAGUAUGUGUGGAAAAUGGUUGGUUCGAUUCGUUUCAAUGCUAAACCACUGCGACGGAAAUAGCUGGUGUAGCAAAGAGAAUGAACCGGUACACUUUUAUAAAGUGCGGUUGUACUAUGCUUUUGUACGAGGUGUCGUGUUUGUUUAUCGUUCUUAUUCUGUUUUGUGUUUUUAAACAAUACCUUUUGUGCUUUUAACUACUUUUAACAUAUUUUUAACAACUAUUUCACCAUGCGAUUGGUUGCGUAGUAUUAUAAAGAAACUGUCUUGAAUGUUAAGUAUCUCGUUUGAAACGCGUUAGGUUUAAUUGUACAAGCGUUUAGCAUAAAUGAUGAAUUGAAGUGGAAAGCCUAUUUAACGUGUUUAUUGCAAACUGCACAUAAUAGUGAAUGGUGUGUUGUAGUGUGGAUUGAUUUCAAAGUCAUAGGCGUAUAGUUAAAGGCGCGUAUAGUUCAAUUAUGGUAUCGUUUACACUUCAAACCAUUGAAAUGGGCAAGGUAAACGUGUGGGCAGGGUAUAACUAACUAACAAUAAAUUGAUCUACGUUAGGUACACUAGAAAAAAAAAAAAACAAACAAACAAAACAAAUCGAAUAAUAAUAUACACGUACGCAUAUGCAUAUAUACAUACUUUAAAACAUAUACAAUCAUAUACAUAUACAGAAUAUAGUAUCGCCAAACUGCAGACGAGAGACGGGUUCGCCUUCGCCAGCCACAACCGCCAGCUAAUCCGGCGACGGAAGGGAGGGGGAAACAAAACCAUAUUUACAUUGUAUCGUGCCAUUGAAUGUGUGGACAGAAUGUGCGCUGGGGAGUUUAUGGAAUUUAAUUGACGCGAAGCGAGAAGCUGCUGGUGUAAGGAAGUAAUCAUUGUGAUAACCUACGACAAAAAACGAGAAAAACAAAACCUAUAUUGGCAGGACAGGCGAGCCUUGUAAUAGUGUAUUCUGGUCUACAUAUAUAUACAUACAUACAUACAUAUAUAUUGAAGCAGCGAACAAAGGAGUCGCCCGCUGGCUCAACUAUAUGGUGUUGUUGUUCGUGGGAUGGCCACCGCUAGGCGUACAUCUCCAUUUGUCACACAAGGGACAGUGCUUUGUCUAUGUACCGUUGCUACCUGAUGUGCUGUAUGUCGAUGUGUGCGUUGUGCUGCAAUUGUUGCUUCCAGUGUUUCAAACUGUUUCAUUUCUUAACGUAUUUCAACGUACAAUAACGAAUAGGCUAGGACCGAGGGAGGAGUGUCUCUUGAGCAGUAGAAUAUGUGAACAAAACGGGACGACAUCAAGCGUUUGGCUUUAUCAAUAAUUCAACACUUUUGCAUUUUACGAUGGAUGUCAGUGAUUGGGUUUUUAUGCAUUUGCGGGAGCAAUUUACUUUCCCGUUCCCGGCCAAACCAGUCAAAAGAAAAACAACAUAAAACUCUAACAUAUUUGUACACGGAGGUAAACGUUCUGUGAAGUACGCACUAACAUUAUCAUUUUACUAGAAGACUUAGAGCAUUCAACAAUUAUUAAAACGGAACCCUAACCACUUUACUAACACACACAACACCGCUGGCAGGGCUACGGAAACACUACCUUGAAACCAUCCUAUACUAUCUCUCUUGUAGACAAAUUACAAAAAAGAACACGUUUCUAAGGCUCCAAAGGAGUAAAGUGUUAAUUGUAUUCAUUAUUCUGAAUGGUGACCGUGCAAAGAGAAACAGACUAACCGAAAUCUAAACAUUAAUUGGAAGUACGUCCCAAACCAAACCACAAACGACGAGUAAAACAAAGAACAUACUACACUCUCUCUCUCUCUCUCAAAUUAAACGCAAAGAAAAGAACGAUCGCAAAACAGAGUAAAUAAAUUACUACAAAUGUUUAAUUAACUCGUA